AUGGUGCUGGGAGCAACUCAUGCAAAACAGGACCUAGGAGUGCUGGGUGGAGAAGGUCUAACUGCAUCAAUGGAAGCUCUGAGCUCAAAAGAAGAUAGUGUUCCUGAAUUAAAUGUUCUCAUGGUUGGUGCUGGUGAUAGUCGACAUCUCUUAACAACUAUUUCCCGAACUCAUCGCUGGCCACGGAGAAAGAUUAAUUUCUACAUUGUUGAGAAUAAUUUGGAACUUAUAGGUCGACAUCUUCUUUUUCUUACCAUUGCUUUGGAACCUCCAGAACAGAUGGGUUUACAAGAAAAGUGUGAACUCCUGCUUGAGUUGUUUGGGAAUAGUCUAAUACGGAAUCAGACUGCAACCUACCUGCAGGAGAAAGCUAACCUCUUCAUCCACUACAUAACAGAUCUUGACUUCCUUCACAAGAAACUACCAAUGACUGACAUGUCUGGCCUGAAGUUUAAAGAGCGAGAUCAGUUGGAAGCAAUUUUUAAAUUCUGGAGGAAUCCUGAUCAAAAGAUCUUUCAGAUCAAUCGGAUGUGGGAUAUGCGAAACAGGCAAUACUUGGGCAACCGAUAUGACUCUAAGAUCGGUGUCUAUGAUUGGGACUUGCAUAUGAAAUUGUAUGAGCGAGGGGCUCGUGUAAUAAACAAUCGACAGUACUAUCAAUGGAGAGAUAAAGGCUUGGCAUUUGAAGUUCGUGAAGGGCUGUAUGAUGUUCCAAACAAAUCACUGGCUUCUGGGCUGCUAAUGAAUUACAAAGGUGAGAAAGUUCCUGCCCGUGGCUACUGGGGAGAUAUUGUCACAAGCCCAUAUAUCGCAUUUGGAAUUGAAACUGAAGAGCAAUCCUUUCUAAAGACAGCAAAUGGUGUCCAUGUAAAGACAGCACAGGAUAUCUCUCAAUAUAACAUAACAGCCUUGCUCCAUGAGCUAGUUGCUAAGGAGAAAUAUGCACUGCCAACAGAAAAGGCCACCUUGAGUGAGAUUACAGAAGAGGAAGGCGAGACAGAGAAUGACUCUUCUAACAUAAAAAAUGAAUCGACUCAUACACAUCAACAUCCAGAGAUUGUGACGGAGGAAGGAACAGUGAAGCAAAGCAAUGAUUUGGAUGACACAGACUCUAGUGGAGGCCAUUGUGCAGCUGAAUAUGAUUAUCUCCCCUUGCCUGAUGUGAAGAUUCAUUUUCUACCAAUGAACUGUGUAACAGAGCUUCAUAAGAAGAACAAUUACUGUGAGAGGUUUAAUGUGAUCUACUUUUCCUGCAGUAUGCUUCACCAUUUAAAACCAGAGUUGAGGCAGAUUGCUGCACCACGAGCAACUCUAAUUGUGGAAUUAACAAAGUUUAUGCUAGAUCUGCGCAAGGAACUAAUGACCAAGUUUGUCAGCCGUGCAAUGGAAAUGGCAAAGGAGGCAGGCUUUAUGCCUUUUGGGAACAUAGAUGAUGAGAAAGACUUGUUUGCACGUUUUGAAUUAAAGGAUGGUCCAUAUCUUUGAUUUAGCCAAUGUGAGGCAGCGAUUAGCUGAGCAAAACAGAAGUAACAAACAUCUCUUAUCACAUACUGAUUUGUCCUAAUGCUUUUAAAAAUGGAGAUGAUAGUGGAACAUUCUAAAAGGUGCACAUCAGAUUUUAACACUUGAACUUCAUUGUAAAACAAUCAGCUGAAUGAAUUAUCAAUUCAAGCUUGUGAUGCUGUGAUGGGAAAUUAUUGUUUACUACAAUUUCUGACAGUGACCGUACAGUCUGAGUUGAAGGUUUCCUGGUUUUUCCAUUGAAGUUGACUAAAAUUCUUUGGGACUAAAUCAGGUAAUUGACCCAAGAAAUGAAUAAGCCCAACAUCGGGGACAUCCACCUGCCUUCAGGUUUCAUCUUUAUUUUACGCCCCAACCUUAUUUUCUAAUUAAUUUCUCUAUCUCUCCUGCUUUUUGUCUUUGAUCGUUGCCCUGUGAGUUUCUCUUGGAAUGUCUUGCUGAACAUGAGGAGAGCAGAGAAAUGCAACUUAUUGCUCUAAGAAUGUGGUAUCUCCAUUCUGUACGGCCUACUGUCUACUGCUAAAUAUGAUCGGAAGUAUUGCCACAAUCCAUGUAUCCCCUCAGACUCCUGGGGGCAAAAUGGCUGGUUUGCAAUACAAAGUGAUGCCAACAAGGUGGGUUCAAUGCCUGCACUGGCUGAGGUUACCACAAAGGAUUCUCCUUCUCAACCUCUCCUCUCACCUGAGGCGUGGUGAUCCUCAGGUUAAACCACCGCCAGUUGUCUCUCUAUAAUGAGAGAGCAACCCAAUGUCCUCUGGGAUAAUGGUGACUCUAACUUACCCUUCAGAAUCCUAUUAGUUUAUUGUUUUCCUUUCUUAGUUUCUUAGCACCUUUAUUUAAAGCAAAAUAGGCUUUACAAAAGUGUUGGUACUCAGUGGCAUAAAGUUUUUACUGUUUUGAAAGGUUGACAGGUUUCUUCAUUUAUUUAAGGUUUAUACAGGAUGAGCUGACCAGACAGCAGAAAUUCAAUGUCAUCACUUUCUCAGAGUAGUCGGAGUGAAAACUAUAUUCAUGUGUUGUUACAUGGGUGUAAUCAUUCAGCCUUUAUAUUUAUGUUUCCUCUUGUGAGCAUUGAAGUUGAUUCUCCUACUUACUAAUCAGCUAAAAUCUGUACUGUGCCUUGAUCAUAUCUCCAAUGUGUCUCAAAGGAGAAACAGAGCAAAAGGAGAUUUAGAGAAGUGUCUGAAGACAUAGUCAAAGUUUUCUUUUGGGAAGGUUUUGGAGGAUAAAUAAAGUGCAAACCUCAGAGACAGGGAACUAGACAGUAGGACUAAGAUGGUUGAAGGCUCUGUCACUGAUUGGUAAGUAAAUGGGGAGUUUCAAUGCGGUUUGUUGGGAAGUAUGUACUAGUGGUAAGCCAUUAUGGUCAAGAAAGAUCUUAAAAGAAACAUCCCUUCAGUGGAGAAGAAUGGAGACAAUAUGAACUUUCAGUGAAGGGUUAAUGUGGAGGAUACUACAUUAGGUGGCCAUUCUAUAUCUCUCUCAGUUACCUUUUGUAUUGAUGGAAGUGGAGGUGCCGGUGUUGGACUGGGGUGGACAAGGUAGAAGUCACAUGACACCAGGUUAUAGUCCAACAGGUUUAUUUGAAAUCACAAGCUUUUGGAGUGGUGCCCCUAUGUCAGGUGAAGUGCGACUUCUGACCUUUGUAUUGAAGUCAGUUGAAAGUGAAAAUUGGGCAAUGUGAUUGAGCUAUGUGUUUAACAAUUGGCCAAUCCAACAUUGACUGUUGCCAAAAGAUUACAUUACCCCACUGUGGUUUACAAAUAUGGUCUAAGAUAAUUGCAUUCACUGUUGGAUUACACCUGAAUCAUAUCAUAUGAACUUAGCUUGGUAGCGUCACUGUCUGUCUGACAGGAGAAAUUUCAGCUGCAUUGUUAGCCAUUUUAACUUUCACCAUUCCAUAUCAGGUGGACCAUGCUGUAACAUCACUGAAGCAAAUCAGUGGACAUAGCUGGGGCAAUAUUGUUUAUGAAUA